AGAAUAUUUAAGACAUGAAUUAAUUAUUUGUAUUGUGUUUUGUUAUAAUUAAAUGAUUACUAAAACAAAAUAUUAAUUUUAUAUAAUAAGUGAUAUAUUAACUGAUGUUUCUAUAAGAAUGUCUUCAAAAGAAUGGAAUAGACCUCUGGUCGACGAACAUCUGGUGCGACGAAAUGCAUUUGGAUAUACAUUGGAUCACAUCCUCGUCUCUGAUACCAAACGCUCAUUAAUUGGAGAACUCACUCAUGAAAUUGAAGUGAAGACACAGAUUAUAAAAGAUAAAUAUCGUUACAAACAAAACAAUUACAAGAAAUAUAGAUAUCAUGACUCGGAUUCAGAUGAUUCAUGUGAUGAUUCGUCCUCUAAGUCCAGAGUAACGGAAGUUGUGAUUGAAGACAAACAAAUGACAGAUAAUCGACAAUUAAUUGUUUACAAUGAUCUCAAUCUUUUUGAAUAAUACAUUGGAUAUUAUAGACAUAAUUUAUAUUUAGAGACAUACUGUAUAAUACAUGAUAAUACAAAUUUAAAGACAUAUUAUUUUGUAUAUGCAUUUUAACAAUAUUUGACUACUAUUUUGACACUUUUUUUAAUUAUGGAAUAAUUUUA